GCUGAGAUGAGCAGCCCCCGCGUUCUCGUGGGCUUGACCACCGAGCGAAUUUCCCUGGUCCGUCCUGUUCAGCGGUGCAACCAUGGUUCCUUGGCCUGGACCUGCUCGGUGCGGCCGACUCGGUCCGUGGUCGCCGCGCCGUCGCCCUUAGCCUCUGGGAGAACAUGUGGCUUUCGACCCUUCCCUUCAGAACCCUCUGUUCCAAUUCGUCCUCGAGCCUUCCACACCACGGUCUCCAAGUCAUCCCGACAUGAGCAGCGCCACCACCCCCGAACCUUCCAUCUCACCGACCCCCGGCCUCCCACGAUCCACCCACACUCCUCCUCCUCCUCCUCCUCCUCCUCCCCCGACCUCCCCCUCUCCGAACAGCUCCGGGCCGUCAUGCGCCUCCUCACGCACCCGGUCGUGGUCUGCACCGCCACGCAUCCACGCCCCGAGCGUGCCGCCGGACGGGAGCGCGGGGACGCGCCGGUUCCCCGCGCCAUGACCAUGUCCUCCUUCACGUCUCUGGCGCUGAGUCCCACGCCCCUGGUCAGCUUCAACAUCGCAGUGCCGAGCCGCACGCACGACGCGGUGGCCGCCAGCCGCCGCUUCAACAUCCACGUGCUGGCCGACGACGCGGCGGGCGCGCGCGUGGCGGAUUGGUUCGCCGGCGGCAACGCGCAUGGGAGAGAGGUUUUCGACAGGCUCGUCGAGGAAGGCGACGUCCGGGUCCAUUGGGGAGGGGUCGGCGGAGCCGACGGGGGCGAUGGGAACGGUGAUGAUCAUCACAAAAGGGAGCCGCCGGUCCUGCAAGGGGACGGGGUUCUGUAUGUUCUGAGGUGCAAGCUUUUGGAUGAUGAGCCCUCGAGGGGGCUGGUGAGGGUCAAAGAUCACGUUAUCGUGAUCGGGGAAGUGCUGGAGAUUGUGGAGGGAACCGGGGCAAAGAGGGAAAAGCACGAGAGGUUUGGGCUGUUGUAUGCCGACAGACGGUUCCGACAGCUCGGGGCUUGCAUUAUGCCGGGGAAGAACAGAGAGGGGAGUUUAUAGACGGAGUGGUGUAAGAUAUGUAUAUGUAUGUACUUGUCCGCUGU